GGCCGGGAAUCUAAAAUAUUAUUCUUAAGCUGGAAUUGCCUCCGCCAUUCUCCUUCCUUUCUCCUCCUUCUUCCCUUCUUCAAUCCAAAUCGUCUUUUCUUCUUCUCCCCUGAUACCCUUUCCCCGGCGAGACUAGAAAACAUCAUUCCACAAUGGCUUCUCCUCAGCAGAUCCGCACUCCCAUCACCGAUCUUUUCAAGAUCAAGCACCCCGUCCUGCUGGCCGGCAUGAACGUCGCUGCCGGCCCCAAGCUGGCGGCGGCCGUCACCAACGCCGGCGGUCUCGGUGUCAUCGGCGGCGUCGGCUACACGCCUGACAUGCUCAAGGAGCAGAUUGCCGAGCUCAAGAGCUACCUCAACGACAAGAACGCUCCCUUUGGCGUCGACCUGCUUCUCCCCCAGGUUGGUGGAAGCGCCCGUAAGACAAACUACGACUACACCAAGGGUAAGCUCGAUGGCCUCGUCGACAUCAUCAUCGAGUCCGGCGCCAAGCUGUUCGUCUGUGCCAUCGGCGUGCCGCCCAAGCCCAUCGUCGAGAAGCUGCACAAGGCCGGCAUCCUGUACAUGAACAUGAUUGGCCACGUCAAGCACGUCCAAAAGUGCCUCGACGUCGGCGCCGACAUCAUCUGCGCCCAGGGCGGUGAGGGCGGCGGCCACACCGGCGACACGCCGACGACGGUGCUGAUCCCCGCCGUCGUCGAGGCCGUCGGCAACGCAAAGUCGCCCCUGACAAAGGGCCCCGUCCAGGUCAUCGCCGCCGGCGGCAUCAGCAACGGCCAGACGCUCGCCGCGGCCCUCGUCAUGGGCGCCUCGGCCGUCUGGGUCGGCACCCGCUUCAUCCUGACCGACGAGGCCGGCGCCCCAAAGUCCCACAAGGACGCCGUCCGCACCGCCGGCCACGACGACAAUGUCCGCACAAUCAUCUUCACCGGCCGGCCCAUGCGCGUGCGCAACAACGCCUACAUCAACGACUGGGAGACCAACCGCCAGCAGGAGAUGAAGGAGCUCGCCGCAAAGGGCACCAUCCCCUACGAGGCCGAUCUCGACAAGGUCCUCAACGGCGGCGACAAGCCCUCCAUUGUCCAGACCGCCGAGGAGGCCAACAACGACGAGGACGAGGAUCCUCUGGAGCAGUUCCGCCCCUUCCUGAUGGGCAAGGCUGCCGCCGUUGUCAACGUCCAGAAGCCCGCCAAGGAUGUUGUUGAUGAGCUCGUCAACGAUGCUGUUGCCCAGCUCAAGAAGGGCAGCCAGCUCAUCAUCGGUGCUCAGUCCAAGCUGUAAAAAAAAUUAAAUAUACAUCAAGACCAUCUUUUCCUUGUGUAUUGCUGGGUUUGUUUUGAAUGAAGCCUGUUGGUAUUGCAUUUUUCUCUUAUUGUUUCAUGCCACGUCAUGUCAUGUAGACUAUACAGGUAGCAUAUCAAGUUUUGAUAAUUACAUGCAUACUAUGUAACAAAUACAAUAAAAAUCAAAAUUAAAAAAUAUUUUAAAGAG